AACACCGUCACCUUUCCACAGGAACAGUAGCGACAACAACAACAGACCCUAAAAACGCUAAGCUAAAUUAACUGAAAAGCUGGCAAUGCCGUCGUCAGCGUCAAGUCCCGUAGAAACCGCAUCCCCUGCGAGUCCAAAACUUUCAACUCCUGAUGAAAUCGCAGAUAGCCAAAAUUCAAAUGUCUCUGAUCAUCCGAAUGUCUCCUCAAGUGAACAAGACGGUGAAGACGGGGGAGGAGAAGAAGAUGAUGAGGAUGAGGAAGAGGGAGAGUGUGGUUUUUGCUUGUUCAUGAAGGGAGGUGGAUGUAAGGAUGAGUUCAUCGCUUGGGAGAAUUGCAUCGAAGAAGCGGAAAGCCACAAGGAAGAUAUUGUAGAGAAGUGUUUCGAGGUAACGGGUUUGCUGAAAAAGUGUAUGGAAGCCCACUCUGAUUACUAUGAGCCUGUACUCAAGGCAGAGAAGGCAGCUGAGAAAGAGGCAUCCGAGGAAUUGGAGCAAGAAACCUCUACCAAACAAUAGGAAGAAGCGGAGUCUUUUCUAAAAUUUCCCCUUUUAUACUAGUUCGGUAAUUGAUUCCAGAGUGAUUUCACGUAGAAAGUUUGAGGGAAUUUCUGUUAUGGAGAUCGUCGGAUCCUUUGAGGUAAUUGGGAGGAUCCCGAGCCUUUAGUUGUUGAGUUAUGCUCAUUUUGUUCUAAUUGGGGAAUAAAUUUAUGACACUUCUGCUCCUUAUAUUCAUAUGUAAACAUGAAUUGGUGCA